AUGGACCCCCGGAACGUCUUCGACUUUGGUGCCAAUACCGACCUUGAACUCAACGACCUUGAUCUCAAUUUCCUUGAUGGCUACAACCAUGAGAUACCGUUUGCCUCCUUUGUUGAGACCCCUGAGACGAACCGGUCUGUACCUGGCUCUACUAGUGAGCCCCCGUCAGCUCUUGGUGUUGAGUCGCUUCAGAAGUCUUCCACAUGGCGCUUUCGCCCUGUGACGCAAGACCGUGGCAUGAAUGAUCAGCAAAAUAUUUCUCUGCCUAGCGGCGAUACCAGUAAGCGACUGCCGGUUCAGCGGAGAGUGACGUCCGAAAUGCUCUCAUAUACCAUGCGCGAUCGUAUCAUGGCGCUGUUCAUGUCUUCGUCGAACGUGGAUACACUUCAGAAGACCAUGCAGUCAUUUCCGUCGCUUGAGCUUUUGGACAGCCUAUUGCAGUACUUUCUAUCAUCAAAGACCGCAAUAUCGAACCGAAUGAUCCAUCUGCCAACGUUUCGACCGAACAAUGCGAGGCCAGAGCUGAUAGCGGCAAUGGUCGUAGGGGGCGCAACUCUAGCCCCUGAUAUCAGUUUGAGAAAGAUGGGAUUUGCGCUGAUGGAAGUUGUUCGCGUUGGAGUGCCUCAAAAUAUUGAAAGAGACAACACACUCAUCGGCGACGUCGAGUGCGUGACCUCGCUCGGCAUAGGCCUGAGUUCUGGCUUGUGGAGCGGCAACUCACGCAAGAUGGAAAUUGCAGAGAGCUUCCUCCAGCCAUAUCUCACCAUGUGCCGCCGUCGCGGCUGGUUCCGCAGAUCCGCAUACGAAACCAUAGUCCCGUAUGCUACGGACGUAGGCAAGGCCCUCGAAGACAAAUGGCACGCUUGGGCCAAACAGGAAAUGCGGAAGAGGCUGGUCUUCUACCUAUUCGAGUACGACACCCGUCAGUCGAUCGCGCUGUUCACGAAUCCACUUAUCUCGUACGCAGAGCUCGGACUACCCCUACCAGAAGCAGAGAGCCUGUGGCUUGCAGCAACAGCAGAGAAGUGGAAGCAGAUAUACAUGUCUCUGGACGAACACAAACAGAGAGAGCCAUCUCUCACCGACCUCUUGCAGGAUGUUGAGCUCCUGGGCGAGGGACACGAUAUGUUUGAUGAAACAACCGCGAGCCAAGCAUUGCUCAGUGCCGCGUGGCGGCUCAUCUGGGAGUACCGGCAAAUGUGCUCUAUCAGCAGGGGUCAUGCCAGCUCAUGGAGCAAUUCGAAAUUGCUUCUGUCAUCCCGUCUGACAGAGUUGACAAAGCUGCUCGAUUGCGUCAAGAUGAGCUCUCAUGCCAAUACUACCAUGACUCUGUCCUUGGAACUGCUGCAUAUGCAUCUGCAUAUCUCUCUUGAAGAGAUGCAUCUCUUCGCUGGAGCCGAAGGGCAUUCGGAAGCUAGAAGAGUGUUCCCUUUGUUGCAGGAGUGGGCCAAGUCGUCAAGCGCUCGUCAAGGUGUCUAUCAUGCGGCUCAGAUCGUGGCAGCUGCCAGAAAGAUACCCACCGGGUGCCUGCGCGACUUUCAUGCGAUUGUAUUGUAUCAGGCUGGUCUGGCUUUGUGGUCGUAUGGUGUCAUCUCAAACGCCGCGCUCACGGAAUCUGCUCUCGACUCCAUGAGUAACGCAUCUGCCAGACGUGGCGAAAGUAUCACGAUGCUUGACGAAGCCGAUGGCAAUGGCGCACAAAGGUUCAUCAACCUGAACAAAGGACAAGCUGCCAUCAAAAAGGCCGUUGGAGAUCCGAGUGCCACACAUGUCCUGUUGUCCGAUCCUGCUGGAGUAAUGGGCGUGCUCAUGGACGUGUUUAAGUUAAAUGGAAGGCCAUCGAGGUCAGCGCCACCAUUGGUAGAGAACCUGCUCGAACUCAUGGAAGGGCUUCGUCUUGCAGUCCUUGAGCCCAGCAACUGA